CCAUAACCUAUCAAGCCCAAGGAGCUGAGCUGAAACUUUCCUAGCAAAUGACUAGAACACCAAGGGUCUUAAGGUCACGCGCAUGAAGAUGACUCAAACUGGACCCUUUUCGCUUCUGCUGCUAAUUUUUGUUAUCUUUUUUGUCUGGUUCUCAAGGUAUGGCUGCCACUCUUUCUCCCACUCUAUCGGCAGUCUCAGUUUUGCACCCAAAAAGGUUUACUUCCAAGUACUUCAUCCAAUGCUGUGAGAACCCAAUUAGCGAAUCUGUUAAGCUGACUGAUAUUAAUGGGUUGGCUACUUUUCCUGAAAAGAAUACUCUUAGAUGGUCUGCUGCUAAAGUUCCACCUCCUAGGCCUCGCAGAAUAAUCCUGGUUAGACAUGGACAGAGUGAAGGAAAUCUUGAUGAGAGCGUUUACACAAGAGUUGCUGAUCCAAAGAUUGCACUGACGGAGAAAGGAAGGGCUGAAGCUGAGGAAUGCGGGAAAAUGAUUAAGGAGUUGAUUGAGGCGGACAAGGUUGAUAAUUGGAAGGUCUACUUUUACGUUUCUCCCUACAGAAGGACACUUGAAACACUAAAGAAUUUAGCUCGGCCAUUUGAGCGCUCAAGAAUUGCUGGCUUGAGGGAAGAGCCUCGUCUAAGAGAACAAGAUUUUGGGAAUUUUCAGGAUAGAGAGAAGAUGAGACUAGAGAAAUCCAUUCGCAUGCUUUAUGGUCGUUUCUUUUACCGCUUUCCAAACGGGGAAUCUGCAGCCGAUGUUUAUGAUAGAAUCACAGGAUUCAGAGAAACUCUGAGAUCAGAUAUUGAUGUCGGACGAUUUCAGCCACCUGGCCAACGAAAUCCUAACAUGAACUUGGUGAUAGUCUCGCACGGCCUAACACUCCGAGUGUUUCUAAUGAGAUGGUACAAAUGGACAGUGCAGCAGUUCGAGGGGCUUAAUAACUUGUGCAAUGGAAAAGCCCUUGUUAUGGAGAAAGGUUAUGGUGGGAGGUACAGCUUAUUAGUGCAUCACACUGAAGAAGAGCUAAGAGAGUUUGGAUUGACAGAUGACAUGCUGAUGGAUCAGGAAUGGCAAAAAUUUGCAAGACCAGGUGAACUAAACUAUGAUUGCCCAACGAUGAAUUCCUUCUUCACUCACUUCGAUGAUGAAUUUAGCACAGAUCCGAGUUAAGGGUGGUAUUAUUCAAGGCCAUUGUUUGUAUUUAGUAAAAAAUGUUCAUAAACUCUUUAAUUACACCUUCUCGUUGUCCUCUCUGGUUUGAACAGCAGCCUAUCUUUUGCAACCAUGCAAAAGGGAAAAUAAAUAUACUGUUUUC